AUGUCUUCAGCGGCAGAUUUCGAUGAAGAAGCCGCUCGCCGCGACUACAAAGCACCCUACUCCCAUAAUCACCCUAUACCUACCGUCCAGAGAUACCGCGAACAUCGUAGCGAGCUUGAUGACAACUACAAACAAGCCGAAGAAGCACAGCACACCGAAGAAGACGACUCGCGACUCAAAAGGGCUUUCCAUUCUGCAAAGACUGCCUUCAACGACAAUGACGGAGACGAGAAACACCCAGCUGGCGACCCAUAUCCUACCUCAAAUCGAAAUAUAGACUCGUCGGAUCGGACAUCCACCGACCACGACUCCAGUAUCCCCACCCUUCCGUCUACAGGAACCGGGGAAGGGAAGUCUGCUAAGCAGAAUGGCGAUCAGAAACAUGGGAAAGAUGGGUCAUCGGCCACUGAAGAAGCUGCCGCACAUACAGACCCUAAGAAGAAACGGAAGGCGAUGCAGCACAACAAACGGGAUGAUGGUGGACGAGAAGUGACAGACCCAAUCACACAUCUCCCUCUCAUCAUCCGAGACUCCACUGAAAAGGACCUGAAACGAGCAUCUGAGAAUGAACCGACCCCCGGGUCAAAUCACAGAUCAGGCACGGGCUUUAGCGAGUCAUCGAAGUCCCCAAGCCAGCUCCAAACCGAACAAGACGAGCUACAAGACGAUUUUGAUGGGAUGCGGAAGAUGUUUCCUCCACCCGCCUUCGAUGACACUCGCGCAGGGCUAACUCGCGUAUAUCAAUCAGCAUUGACCACAGCAUUGAGCAUCGUAGUAGGUCUUUCAGCUGUAGUUAUAAGUUUAUUACUAUUUAUGAUUUCAACCUCCGGAAAUACUGUUACGGAAACAAAAUCCUGGUUAUCAAAUGAGCAAGGGAAAAAUUCGAGCUGGCUAUACCUGGUGUUGGUAAUAGUCACAUUAGUUGUAUUCGUUGUUGGGUUUGCCGUGAUCGUUUUGGUUCGAGGGUGGGUUGCGAAGAAGGUGCAGGCUAUUUGGGAAGAUGAGGUCUGGGAUGCCGCGAGAGUCGAAGAACAUAAUUCAACCCAGUCAGGUGGACGUCUGCCUGAAUCUGUUGCUUGGAUGAACAGCUUGCUUAGUUCAGUCUGGCCACUCAUCAACCCAGACCUGUUCACUUCUUUGGCCGACAUGCUAGAAGAUGUCAUGCAGGCGAGUUUGCCAAAGGUCAUCCGCAUGGUCAGUGUGGAUGACCUGGGACAAGGCAACGAAGCCAUACGCGUUCUUGGUAUUCGGUGGCUUCCUACAGGCGCCGCGGAUCAGUCGGUAGACGAGGAAGGGAAUCUCAAGAAGACCAGCAAUAAGGAGGCGAAUGACCGUGGCGCCCCGGGUGAAGGCCAAGAAGAGAACCUCGAGUCGAAGACUAAAGAUGAUGAUGACCCUGAAGCUUCAAAGAAGAGUGAACAGGAGAAGAAACAGAAAGAGGAAGAGCAGCAAGCAAUGCGCGAAGGCAUGGAAGCCGAACAAGGCGACUUUGUCAAUAUGGAGCUAGCAUUUGCAUAUCGAGCACGAAGCUCUGGUAAAUCCAUCAAGUCAAAGGCUAAAAAUGCACAUCUAUACCUCAAAUUCUACCUCCCAGGAGGCAUAUUUGUUCCCGUCUGGGUAGAGUUGCGUGGCAUCAUUGGAACAUUGCGGUUACGAAUGCAGUUGACUCCCGACCCUCCUUUCAUUAGUCUCUGUACCUUGACUUUCCUUGGCCAGCCACGAGCAGAUUUAUCUUGCGUUCCUCUAUCGAAGCACCUUCCGAAUCUGAUGGAUGUACCCCUCAUAUCAUCCUUCGUUCAGUCCUCAAUCGAUGCUGCUCUUGCUGAAUAUGUUGCGCCGAAGAGUCUGACGCUCGAUCUCAAAGAGAUGCUUGUGGGCGAUGACUUCAAGAAAGAUACAGUCGCGAGAGGGGUCAUUAUGAUUUAUGUAAAGGAAGCAAGAGGCUUUAAAGAGGGUGAUGGUGGUGUCGGACCCAUCGAGGGCUCCAGCGAUGCUUAUGUUACCUGUUCGUGGGGUAAAUUUGGGAAAACAAUUUCAUCCACUAGGGUCAUCGAGAAAGACAAGAACCCCAAAUGGCACGAGUGGGCGUACCUGCUGGUAACGCCAGAAGAACUCAAUGCCGAGGAAAAUCUCCGUCUUCAAUUGUGGGACUCUGACAAAUAUACAGCUGAUGAUGAUCUGGGAAGAGUUGAGGUUGAUUUAAAAGAGCUUAUGCACAACCCCAAAACAAACAACCAGCUUUGCGACAGGGAGGAUCGAUUAAAGGGCCAGGAUCCAAGUGAGGACAUGCCUGGCAGCAUCUCUUGGUCGGUGGGCUACUUCUCGAAAACUCGAAUCACGGAGGAUCAACUUGUGGCUCAGACUGAAGAUAAGAAAAUCAAAACCAAGGAUGACCUCAAGAAGCAAGUCGCUGAGACUGCCGAAGGUAAGCUCCGUGAAGCAACAGAGCACGAUGAGUCAAAGGAGGCCAAUCAGCAGAAGACCCAAGAUUACAAGGAUCGGGAAAAUGCUUUAAUCUGUUCCUCCCCGCCUGAUCAAAAGUUCCUAAGCGGAAUUUUGUCAAUUCAGAUCCAUAAUAUCACCGGCCUCGCAGUCGAAUCACCACAGAAAAAGGAUCAUGACAAUACUUCCGACAGGGAAGAUCAAGCUGAGCAAUCCGAUGACCUUCCUAGCAGCUAUUGCACCAUCAUGUUGAACCACAAGCAGGUAUACAUGACACGCACGAAGCCAAAGAACGCGAAUCCCUUCUUCAAUGCUGGGAUAGAAUACUUCAUCCGCGACUGGCAGAACGCUGAAAUCAUGAUUAGCUGCAGAGACAGCCGAGAGCGAGAAAAUGAUGCGUUACUAGGUGUCGUAUACCUCCCCUUGGCCAAGGUGUUCGAGAAACGCAGUCAAGUCAUGGAUAUGUACCCCCUCGCUGGUGGUAUGGGCUUCGGGCGUGCUCGCAUCUCAAUGGUAUUCCGUAGCAUCGAGUUGCAACUCCCCAAAGAACUUAGAGGGUGGGACUACGGAACUCUCGAGCUCAAAUCUCCUGUCGUGCCCAAACGUGGACUGUCAAAAGACCUGAUCGGUCAUCGUAUCAAACUCCGCUCCAACAUGACACGCGUGAAGAUGCACCCGAGCAAUGGCGAGUGGCGGCCUAAACAAAACGUUUCGGUCUUUCUUCCCUGCCGCCAACGCUACGCUAUGCCUCUCGUCGUCGAGUUCCGAAAAUCCAGUCUAGGCCCAGAUUCGACGCCCGCAUUCGCUGUGUUCUGGCUGAAAGAUAUACCCGACGAAGAAGAGCGUACGAUCACAAUGGAAGUCUGGGCUGGCGGAAAAGAAAAUCUCAAACGGGCCACUUCCUGCGGUGGCUACCAGGGAAUGGAAGCGGAUGAUAAACCGCUUGGGGAGAUUGAGGUUACGAUGAGAUUUUGGCGAGGUCUUUCAGGAUACCAUAAAAAAUAUGCGCAGAAAGAUCGCAGUAGGAAUAUGCAGAACAUCAUGGAAGUGCUUGAUACUGUCAACGAUGAAAUUCAGAGUGAUAGCGAGUCGGACGAUGGAAGUGAUUCUGAUUCCAGCGACUCGGGUAGUGAGAAGAGCGGCGGUGACAAAAGCACGAGUAAAAAGCUCGCAACGCAUACCAAUCAGUCGGAUUCCGACUCUGAUUUGCAUCAUGACUCUGAUACAGGGAGCAAGAACCCUCUGAAGAAAGUCAAGAAGCUGAAAAAAGAGGUCAUGGAUGGCCAUAAUAACCCUGAUGAUGGUUCCAGGGGCGCGGUGGGCAUGAUGAGGGAUUAUAAAGAUCAUCAUCGACAGCUGCAUCGGAAGCACAAGGGUGUGAUGCAAUGGCGUGGUGCGAGAACCGCGGAUUGGGCGUUGAGUAAGAUGAGGCAUGCGAAGGGAAGCAUGGAGGGCUUGUUUGAGCACUCGGAGAAGAAACCUGGGGUCGAGACCGAGGUCUAA